AUGAUGGCUAUGAAGCCCCCAAAACCAGCCCCUCGCAGGAUCUUUCAAGAAAGGUUAAAGAUUACUGCUCUACCCUUAUACUUUGAAGGAUUUUUAUUAGUUAAGCGGUCAGAAUACCAGGAGUAUAAAUACUAUUGGACAGAGUUGAGAGGAACUACACUUUUCUUUUAUAACGACAAAAAGAGUACAAUAUAUGUUGACAAGUUAGACAUAAUAGACCUCACAUGCCUUAUGGAGAAUUCAACUGAAAUGAAUUGUGCAAAAUUCACCAUUGUUUUGCCAAAAGAAGAAGUGCAACUGAAGACAGAGAACACAGAAAGUGGAGAAGAAUGGAGAGGCUUCAUUCUAACAGUAACAGAGCUGUCGGUUCCCCAACAUGUGUCACUCCUUCCUGGGCAAGUAAUUAGACUGCAUGAAGUCUUAGAGAGAGAAAAGAAAAGGAGGAUUGAGACAGAGCGACUACCAAGUACAUCUCUGGAAAAAGAAACAGAACCAAUCGAAGAUUAUGUGGAUGUACUAAACCCUAUGCCAGCAUGUUUUUAUACAGUGUCCCGGAAAGAAGCAACUGAGAUGCUUGAGAAGAAUCCUUCCUCGGGAAAUAUGAUCCUGAGGCCUGGUAGUGACAGUAGAAACUUCUCCAUCACGAUCCGGCAGGAGAUAGACAUGCCAAGAAUCAAGCACUACAAAGUGAUGAGCAUAGGAAAAAACUACACUAUUGAACUGGAAAAACCUGUAACACUCCCAAACCUUUUUAGCGUCAUUGAUUAUUUUGUGAAGGAGACUGGAGGAAAUUUACGACCAUUUAUAUAUUCAACUGAUUAA